AUGCAGUGUGUUGCUCCUUCAUCGAGUAUUGGGUUCAAGUCAUUACACACGGUUUCCCACCGAAUCGUUCAACCAACUCAACUCACCGUUCAAUGUGUUGCAAGCAGGUAUGAUGCCGGGGCAGCCAACGCUACUAAUCUUCCCCUGUCAGCAGCAGCGCCGACCACCACCAACAACUUCGCAUAUGGAGGGGUUGUUAAGAGCAGAACCGAUUGGCAGAGCUCGUGUGCGAUUUUGGCUAGCAAGGUGGUGUCGCAGCAGCAGAACACCGAGAAAUCCAACGGUGCUGAUAAUAUAACUGUUGUCAACGGGCAUACUAGUUUAGAUCUAGUUCCGAUUGAUAGGUUACCGAAACCGCUCACCAUCGCCGAUCUAUCACCGGCGCCGUUGCACGGUUCGACGCUGCGCGUUGCGUAUCAAGGUGUAGCUGGUGCGUACAGUGAAGCUGCCGCCGGUAAAGCUUAUCCGAAUUGUGAGGCCAUUCCUUGUGAUCAAUUCGAGGUUGCAUUUCAAGCGGUUGAGCUUUGGAUUGCAGAUCGCGCUGUUUUGCCGGUUGAAAACUCUCUAGGCGGGAGCAUACAUCGGAAUUACGAUCUACUUUUGCGCCAUCGUCUCCACAUCGUCGGAGAAGUCCAGCUCCCUGUUCACCACUGCCUUCUAGCUUUACCAGGCGUCCGGAAAGAAUACCUCAACCGCGUGAUUAGCCAUCCGCAAGCUCUUUCUCAGUGCGAGCUAACUCUCACCAAACUCGGCUUAACCGUCACCCGCGAGGCUGUCGACGAUACUGCAGGAGCAGCAGAAUUCGUGGCGGCAAACAACCUCCGUGACACAGCGGCAAUCGCAUCUGCACGCGCCGCCGAGCUGUACGGCCUUAAUAUCUUGGCCGAUGGGAUCCAGGACGAUUCAAGCAACGUCACACGAUUCGUCAUGCUUGCUCGUGAGCCAAUCAUACCACGAGUCGACAUCCCGUUCAAGACAAGCAUUGUAUUCGCUCACGACAAAGGAACGUCGGUGUUGUUCAAAGUUCUAUCGGCGUUCGCAUUCCGGAAUAUCAACUUAACCAAAAUCGAAAGCCGUCCACAUCGCAACCGUCCGAUCAGGCUCGUCGGCGACGAGAACGUAGGAACGGCGAAACACUUCGAGUACUUGUUCUACGUGGAUUUUGAAGCUUCAAUGGCGGACGUUAGGGCACAGAAUGCAUUGGCCGAGGUUCAGGAAUUUACAUCAUUCCUCAGGGUGUUGGGUAGCUAUCCCAUGGACAUGACCCCUUGGUCCCCUUCUUCUCAAUGA